GUGUCACGAUACACAGUCCUGAAUUACGAUGGCGAACAGUACGAGGUGUGCAACGACUUGGUCGUAAGUGACCAGCAUCGAUUACUAGUGAGAUCGGCAUCGGACUACGAGGUCAACGAGAAAUUCACGCGUCGCGCUGAUGGUACCAACAUGUUGCUGAAUUCCAAUGGAGAAUUGAUUGUCAGAUUUCCAGAUGGUACGUGUAUCACGACCAGUUAUAUCAUAGAAAAGGAACCAGUGACGUGUGAAUGGACAGAGGAAGAAAUUCAACAAUACGUAUCGGGCAAAGAAAAGGAAGAAGACGGUGAGAAUUCCGUUUUCAUAAACAGAAACAUAAAUUACAAGAAAAAAUAAACGAGUUAUUGACCGACAACACCUUCGUCUCCAUUCUAUUGAAGUAUCGGAUGGAACACAAGAACUAUGCUACGGUGUGCUAUGACCAGUCAGCACAUAACUGCACUUUAUCAAUGCCCGACGAUCUCCGAAUCAGAAUAUCGAAGGAAGGUCAUUACGAAGUUUCAAUGGCGGAUGGAGUUAAUCUAAAUAUCACUGAAGACAAAGUAUUGUUCAAGGGGAACAUGUGCAACAUAUGCGGCAAUCAGUCAACAUCCACGUAUUAUUUCUUCCCUUUCACGAUAUCAAACAUCCUAUUCACCACCACUGACGUCUUUGGCAACGUAUUCGAAGUGAAAAAUGACGGGAAUACGAAUCAUUAUCGAAACUUUGAAAUUUUGAAAUAUCAAAAACAAUGCGUCGAUAAUUUAAGCGAAGAAUCUUACGAAGAAGGGUUCGAGGAAGAAAUGCUUGAACCUUUUUGCAAUCACGAGACGCUCAGCAUCAAGAGAAACGGUCUUACCUACAGGAUAUUCGCGAUGAAUCGAGAUUUCACGGGUUACGAGUACAUUCAUCGUCUCGUUAGGAAUCAAGUAGAGUUGACGGCGAUGAUCGAUAAAGAUACGAGUAUAAUUUCGUAUCCAAAUCCAUAUCAACCGGUACUUCAUCGCCUUGUCAUGUUUUACCCUGUGAGCCCAACAAAGAUUACACUGGAAUUUCCGGAUUUUCACGUGAAGCAAAGGAACUUCGAUAGAAGAGAAAUAUUACGAAGCACUUAUUCAAUACCGUAUGAUUGGCUGUUUCCAUUUGGAAGGAAUGAUAAUGGUAUUUGGAAAAAUACGCACGAUUUGCCUCUAAUGAAUCAUGCCAAAAUUUUGCCGAAUAUAUUGUAUAUUCGUAUUCUGCAUGACUUCAAGGAACCAACUGGAAAUGCGGUGAUCGAUAUCCAAAGAGCCCUUGGACGCUAUUGGAUGUCCUUGAUUCGUGAUUCCGAUUUCCAUCCACCUCUCAUGGAUCAAGAACCAAUCUCGAAAAUGAAGCCAGUGUACAAUUAUCUCGAGGAAAAUCUGCACGAAUUAUCAUUGGGAAACUCUGAAUUAGAAAUGAGAAUCGAAGGCGACAAUGGAAGACGAGAUUUAAAGAUCAGAAUGGAUAACGAAAGUGGAAGACCAGAAUGGAAAACGAGAGUGGAAGAGCAGAAUGGAAAACGAGAGUGGAAGAGCAGAAUGGAAGAUCAGAGUGGAAGAUCAGAUAUUUUCAAUAACAAAUGCUCUUAUAAGGGGAUGCUGAAAAGAAAAAGACAACAAAAAGAUAAUCAGAAGGAUUAUCAAAAUAAUUUUCCACUCAAUGUAAAUCCGAACAAACCGCUGCCGUUGUACAACCAUCUUUGUGCAACUCUUGAUUGCACUGAUUCAUAA